AUGAUUAUAGAUCAAGAGAGUCACUAUCAUCAUGUCAAAAUCUGGAGCACAAAAGCGCAAAGAAAAACUACAGACAGAGAAGUUUCUGCAAAAAAGUGCAAGUUAAUCACAUCAUUUUUGUCAGUACAACCACAAUGUCAAGGCAAUAUUGAGUCGUAUGUACAAAUUACAUCAGAGAUAAUUAAAGCACGAGAUGGUAAAGAUCUUGAGUCAAAUUUACAGAGUACAUCAGGAAUUAUACAAGCAAAUGGUAGUCGAGAUAUUGAGUCGAAUUUGAAGAGUACAUCAGCAAUAAUACUAGCCAAACAUCCAAUUCAACCACAUGAACAUUUGCCGUUUGAUAACAAGAUCUACCAUAGACAAAAGGACUUGAAGGAUAGCAUACCGAGAAAUUGGUUGUCAUUUAGCCAAAAUUUUCAGUCUCUAUAUUGCUCAUUUUGUGUUGCAUUUGAAUCACCACAGUCUAACACCGUUUCAUCAUUUGUGUCUGGCUUCAAAGAUUUUAGGCGAGUUAGCCAACGGGUUGCAGAACACGAAUCAAGCAGCACUCACCGCAGGCAUGUUCUUAAUUACAUUCGUAUAAUGAAUAAUCAAGAUUUUGACAGAUUUUAUAGUACAGCAAUAAAGAAAUAUAAUGAUGAACAAACAUUGCCAUUUCGAGGUCAUAGGAAUGAAGGUGCUUAUUCGUUGGACAAUGAUGAAGAAAAUCAUGGAAAUUUUUUGGCUUUGGAACAGAUUACAAUGGAAGUAUCCAAAGCAAAAGUGUACUCCGUACAAGUUGAUUCUACACAAGAUAUAUCUGCAAUUGGCCAAUUCAGCAUUGUGGUUCGCUAUGUUUUAGAUGCUACUGUGCAUGAACGGCUGCUUUCUAUUGUACCAAGCAAUGACGGUACUGGCCAAGGCUUGUUUGAUCUCUUAAAUUUGACGCUACAGCGGCUUGGCUUUAACUUGAAAUACUGCCUAUCGGACAGCACUGAUGGUGCUUCAAGUUAUCAUGGCCAGUACAAUGGACUGCAACAAAAGAUUACAGAAGCUGCAGACCACCAUGUACAUAUUUGGUGUUAUGCUCAUGUUCUCAACUUAGUUGUGAAGGAGGCAACCAGUUGCUGCAUUCACGCAUUUUCAUUUUUUACCCUUUUGCAAAAUGUUUUAACAUUCGUAAAAGUGUCAUAUAAGCAAAUGGCAACAUGGAUUAAACUUGUUGAAAGACAAAUUGGAAUGGAUAAGAUGAAAAGAUUGAAAUUGAUUGGUGAAACAAGGUGGUCGGGUAAAUUAAAUGCUGCAACAGCGAUAUUUGGAACAUUUGCUGAGCCAUCUUCAACAGUGUUUGUCAAUUUAAUUUUAUGUCUGUCAUAUAUAAGCAAAUCAAAAAAUUUUGAUACAAAGACACGUCAUGAAGCUAAGACAUUGCUCAUGCCAUUCCUGAAAUUUGACACCAUUUUGACUGCCUUUACCUACCUGCGAGUUUUUGAAAAAGUGGGACCACUUUCAAUAUACCUGCAAACUCGUGGAUUAAAUGUGUUGGUUGCAUUCAAGAUGGUGGAGAAGGCCGUAAUUAAAUUGAAAAGUCAAUCAAGACUUUUUGAUGAUGUUCAUAAUAAAGCUCUUCAAUUUGUACGAAUGGCAAAUGCAAGCAUCAUUCAGAGAACUGAAACCAUAUUAGAGGUAAAGAUAGAACUACCAGCUAAACGGAAGCGGAAGACACCAAAGAUGUUAGAUGAAUAUACAGUAGACGAACGUGACGAAUCUAAAGCUUUAGAACACUUCAAAAUUCACACUUACAAUGUGGUGAUGGAUCAGGUAGUCCAAAGUCUUGAGUCACGUUUCACUUCACAUCGACAAUUAUAUAUGGACAUGGUAUGUUUUGAUACAUCAAACUUUGGUGAUCUUGCCAUUUCGGGAAUUCCUGAAAACAGUUUACACAGCAUUAUCAAAUUUUUACCAGAUGCCGACGUUGAUAAAAUAAAGGCCGAAUUGUUAUCAUUUGUCACUAACUAUGAGACUUUGAAAUUGCCCUUGCCCUUAACAACAACAUUGAGAGAGAAUGCAUAUCAAAAGGAUGACAUAGAAGAAUCGCUCUGUUAUCAGCAUACAAAUGGAGUAUGCGGAUCGUGUCCAUCUUGCGUGUUACGAAUUCUUGCUGCAUAUAGACUCAACGACAAAACCUAUGACAAUUUGUAUCAUAUUAAUAAAAUAAUAUGUACUAUUUCUGUAACACAAGCCGAAUGUGAAAGAUCGUUUUCUAAGUUAAAGUUAAUCAAGACAAGAUUGCAUAAUUCUAUGUCAAAUGACCACUUAGAGUCGUAUAUGUUGAUGUCUGUAGAAAAAAAUCUACUUGAUAGCCUUGAGUAUGAUACGAUCAUUCAAAGAUAUGCAUCUUCAUCCUCUGAAUUGAGCAAACUGUCUAAAGAAUAG